UCCCCCGUGACAUUUCCUCGACAAGCUUCUUAUGCUAAACUCAUUACUUAAUCCGAAGAAUCUUCAAUUCAGUCAAAAUUUUCAGAACACGAUCCACGAAUGAUCCCAUGAUUCUCCCACCCACCGCCCAAGACAUAUAUCAAAUUGAAUUUCUCCGUCGCCAAAACCACCGUCAACUACCACUUCUCCUCUCCGUCGACGGCAGCUCUCUCUCUCUCUCUCUACUCAAUUUUAGGGCACAAAAAUGAUGGUGAUAAGAGAUCUGGUUUCUGUGGUUAGACCUUUGCAUUUGGUGCUCUCCUUUGAUAUUGGAUUCUGAAUCCCCUAUUAUGAUAAAGUUUCUUCUCUUUUAUAAAGUUAUUUUUCUUUGCGGGACAUAAAGGCUUUCUCUGUUUUCUAUCAGAAAAGGGUUGUGUCUUUUAUGCCUGAUGGUGUGAAGGAGAACAGUUGAUUUAGUGGAAACAUGGCGGAGGGAAGUCAUGAAAAUGUUGCUUUUAUAGAUGUUGAGAAUUAUCGGUUGAAUGAUGUUAUCAUCAUUGAUGAUACUGAAUGCAUGACUAAGAAAUUUCAAAGGCCCAAUGUGUCAACAGAAAGCAGAAGAAGUCCAUCAUGUAUAUAUGUAGAUGAUUGCAGCUCAGAUGAGGAUGCAUGCUCACCUUCAAGAACCUUUCCUCCAUCCUCUCGGCGGCAUUUUGUAGAGGUUGAUGGUCGACAAAGCCAAAAACAAUAUGCAUUUUUUAUGGGGAAGUGUAUGCGAAGCAACUAUGGGAAAGCACCUGCUAGAAAUCAUUUUGGUUUACAUACCAGUUCCCACAGCAGUUCCUCAGAUAGUGAGAGUUCUGAUUGUGAAGUUAUGGAAGGGUCUUUUGAAAAGCUCCGAAAACAGUGGGAAGAGGCUUCUUUGAGGAGAAAGCAUGAUGUUCGUCGUGCUUACUUCACAGUAGAUGAGCAAGAUAAGGCAUCUGCUUCUCAUGGUGGUGAUUCUGAUACAAAUUUUGAUGUAGAAAACCAAAUGAAGCAGCAAUCUGAAGUACAAGCAUGUUUUAGCCCUGAAAAUGUUGAAAAUGGUAGCUGUUGUUUGUUGACUGAGUUAAAGAGCAAUUCAACCGAAAAUGGUCCUCUGGCUCGUGCACCCCUCACUGUGAAGGAUUUAGUUUGUGAACGAGAAAGGCUGAAGGAGACUGAUGAAUACAGGCGAGCAAUGGAGGAAGAAUGGACGACUAGACAACAAGAGCUACAAAUUCAGGCUGAAGAAGCACAAAGAUUACGUAGAAAAAGAAAAGCAGAGAGAAUGCGGCUAUUAGACAUGCAAAGAAGGCAAAUGAAACGUUUAGAAGAAGUGAGAGAGACACAAAAGAAGGAUGAGGAGAAUAUAAACUUGAAGGAACGACUUCGCGUGGAUGUGAGAAAAGAGCUUAGUAAGUUGGAAAUGAACUGCACUGAUAUGGCCUCCUUGUUACGUGGCUUGGGAAUUCAAAUUGGAAGUGGCUUACAGCCUUCGUCACAAGAGGUGCAAGCAGCAUAUAAAAGGGCGUUGCUUAAGUUUCAUCCAGAUCGAGUAUCGAGCACAGACAUUCGCCAGCUCGUGGAAGCUGAGGAAAAAUUUAAACUCAUCUCUCACAUGAAGAAAAGAUUUAUGUGCUAACGAACUUGUAGUAGUUGAAAUUUCCCUUUUCUUUUUCCAUUUUUAUUUGGUAAAUGUUAUAUGAUUUUGCUGCCCUUUCUUAGUUCCCACCGGCACAUCAUAUUUCCAGGGUAGGUCUCAUUUACGUAUAUUAUUUUUUGUUAUUUUAUUCUUGUGGUGAAUAGUCGUAUAUUAUUUUUUGUUAUUUUAUUCUUGUGGUUAAUAGUAGUAAGAAUUGACAAGA